AUGUCACGGCACCUCUCCCAGAGUCCGCAGUGCGCCGAGGUUGGCCUCCUGGCCUUGGGUACACACCCGACGCUGACUCUGGAGGCAGUGACAAUGCUGCGAGACUUUGCUUUCGGUGCCGCUGUCAAGGUACGCCGCAUGCUUGGUAUCACGUACAAAUGUGCGGUCUUCCCAGACGUUUGUGGAGAUGGCGAGGAAAGCCUGGAGGAUCCACUGGCUUCUCUCAUCGGGCGUUUUGAGUCGCCGCCCCCCUACGAGCGUUACACUUUCCAGGUCAUCUCAGAGACUGUCUCUGUCAUUGCUGCACAGCUCCUGGCCUCCUUGAGAAUUGAUACUCUCGUCUGCACGAGUCCCUUCGUGGUGUGUGCCCUCAUGCAGAAGCUCCUGGACAAGCCCAUGCUGGGAUAUUUGGGAUUGCCAUUGCUUUGGAAGCGGCCAACGGACCACUUCGACAACGCUACCGCCCGUGCCGAGUUCUGGGAGUUGUUGCAGCAUCUCUUGCAAAGCCCGCAGGUGGUUCUCGCAACAAACAACCCAGUUCUCACCGAGCAGAUUGCCUUUCAGGCGCCGCGUGCUUUGCUUCCAGUUGUGCGACCGCAUGCCAGGUUUACCAAUGCAGUUUACACCCCAACCAAGCCGCUGGAAGCGAUGCUGGUGUCUCGCACGAAGUUUCUGUGGGUGACGCUGGAUUGCGCGCUGCAGCGCUUCAUGGACGAGCAGUACCCAAUAAAGUUUAACGUGGCCAACUCGGACUCAAAGUUGAGUUUCCAGGAGAUGGCCUCCCACCGGGCAGUUGUCCUGCUUCCAUGGGAGCACGCGCUGAUGGCUUUCUUCGAGUUUUAUUCGAUGGCCAUCCCGCUGCUUCUACCCUCGCGGGACUGGGCGCUGCGACUGGUCUUUGACGCAGAGGGCAAUCUGGGCGCCACAACAUCCAUCUACUGGGACGUGAGCCCUGGCUGCGACCGUCAGUUAGGAUGCGACGUGUCCGUGAGGCAUCCGCAUCCUCCUUUCGCCUUUGCGCCCUUGGAAUCACGGAAAUAUUGGUACCAGUACACAUCUUUUGCGCAGUUCCCACACAUCCACCGUUUCGACAGCAUUCCGCAUCUCCUGCAAGAGUUGCUGUCGGUGGAUGCGGCCACAACAAGCGCGUCGAUGAGGGCUUUCAAUGACGAGACCUUGGUUCGCAGCGUAGGUUUCUGGCGCUCGGCAGGGUGGAGGCUUGGUCUUCCCAGUUGCCGUUCAGACCUGGACGCCUUCAG